AACUCCUCAGGCCGAGCGAUGCCAGCCCUGGCUCCAGGCAGGGGGUGCUCGGGGUGCUCGUGCCGGGGCAGAACCGAGGCUCUCCGCACGGGGCCAGCCGGGCGAGCAGUCCCGGGCUGCGCUCCUCCUCGGUGGGCGGGCGGAUGCCAGCUCCUGAUUUUCCCGGGUGCUGCAGAGGCUUGUCCCGGCCCUGCGAGAUCCUGCUUGGCUGCCGCCCUCCCCUCCUCCCUUCACCUCCUCCUCCUUCACCACCACCACCCCCACCCCAUGUGCUUCCUGUCGGGCCAAGUUCGCGGAGCGCCGCCGCACGCCGGGCCAGCGGAGCGGAGCGACAGCGGAGCGGGGCGCAGGGCAGCGGGUGCGACUACUGCGGGGCGCGGCAGGGCAGGCUCGGCGGAGCGCCGGCUCCAGCCUUGGGGCGCGUUCGCCCGGCCCCAGCGGCCCCUGCCUGCCCGUACCAUGCCGCGGCGGCGCGGCUGCCUGCCGCCCCUCCUGUGCGUUCUGGCCGCCCUCAGCCUGCCGCUGCUGCUGGCGGCCGAGCCUCGCGCCAGAAGUUGCUCCGAAGUGCGGAGGCUCUACGCUGCCAAGGGCUUCAGCCAGACCGAGGCGCCCAGCCACGAGAUCAGCGGUGACCACUUGAAAGUCUGCUUGCAAGGCUACACAUGCUGCUCUCAAGUAAUGGAGGAGAAAUACAGUCAGCAGAGUAAACACGACUUCAGAAACGCUGUUGUAGAGCUUAGCAAUCACCUACAAAAUAUGUUUAGUUCCCGAUACAAGAAGUUUGAUGAGUUCUUCAAAGAACUCCUGGAGAACGCUGAGAAGUCUCUGAAUGACAUGUUUGUGCGGACAUAUGGCCGACUGUACAUGCAGAACUCGGAGCUGUUCAAGGACCUCUUUGUGGAGUUGAAGCGCUACUACACGGGCGGCAACAUCAACCUGGAGGAGAUGCUCAACGAGUUCUGGGCACGCUUGCUGGAGCGCAUGUUCCGGCUGGUCAACCCCCAGUACCAUUUCACGGAUGAGUACCUGGAGUGUGUCAGCAAGUACACAGAGCAGCUGAAGCCCUUCGGGGAUGUGCCGCGGAAGCUCAAGCUGCAAGUGACGCGAGCCUUUGUGGCCGCUCGCACCUUCGCGCAGGGCCUGGCCAUCGCCAGGGAUGUCAUCAGCAAAGUGUCUGUGGUAAACCCCACGCCGCAGGGUACACGAGCGCUGCUGAAAAUGAUGUAUUGCCCACACUGCCAAGGUCUGGUGUCAGUGAAGCCCUGCUACAACUACUGCUUUAAUGUCAUGAGAGGCUGCUUGGCCAACCAAGGGGACUUGGAUGCUGAGUGGAAUAUCUUUAUGGAUUCGAUGCUGCUGGUAGCAGAGAGGCUGGAGGGACCUUUCAACAUUGAGUCUGUCAUGGAUCCCAUUGAUGUGAAAAUUUCAGAUGCGAUCAUGAAUAUGCAGGAGAACAGCAUGCAGGUGUCUCAGAAGGUUUUCCAGGGAUGUGGCCAGCCAAAAACACUUGCUCAAGGCCGGACUGCUCGCUCUGUCUCUGAAAGUGGUUUCAGUGCUCGUUUCAGACCCUACAACCCAGAGGAGCGACCAACAACAGCUGCUGGCACGAGCUUGGACCGACUGGUUACUGAUGUGAAAGAGAAGCUGAAACAAGCCAAAAAAUUUUGGUCAUCUCUCCCUAGCAACAUUUGCAAUGAUGAAAAGAUGUCUGUAGGCACUGUCAAUGAGAACGAGUGCUGGAAUGGGAGUGCAAAGAGCAGGUAUGACUUUGCAGUGACUGGAAAUGGCUUAGCAAGUCAAGUAAAUAACCCAGAGGUUCAAGUCGAUAUUACCAAGCCAGACAUGGUGAUUCGCCAGCAAAUCAUGGCUCUGCGGGUGAUGACCAACAAGCUGAAGAAUGCCUACAGUGGGAACGAUGUCAACUUUAUUGACAUAAGUGAGGAGAGCAGCGGGGAGGAGAGUGGCAGCGGCUGCGAGCUCCAGCAGUGCUCCCCAGAGUUUGAGUUCAACACCACCAAGGUCACUGGGAACUCCAACAAGAGUGACAAGACCGUGAACACUUCUGCUGCCACCAGAAGCGGUCUAUCACAAACAGCCUUGCUUCUUAGCAUUUUGUUCUUGGCCAUGCAAAGACAAUGGAGAUAAUUGUGCAGCAUAGGGGGAGGGGAAAAGACUUUUAUUAUCAAAGGUAGAAGGCACCUGCUUUCACUUUUAUACCAUCUAGAGACUUUGCUUUUUAAGUUAAUGGACAACAGUGUACAAUUUUUACUAUGUUGCCACUGGUUUUAAGAUACUGAUUUAUUUUUUUUUCCCUUGCUAUCCUGGGAAUAACAGGAACAGGGAGUACCAGUCUAUCCCGUUCACCAAGAGUCCAUGUUAGAGGUGGAUAACCAAAAUGUAUAUACAAGCCUGUAGUUAGCUCUGCAUUUGUGACUUUAUCACUUUUUUUUUCUUUUACUGUAUUUCUUAUGAAAACAAAAACCCUAGUGUCUUCUCUUGGCGUGUAACAAGUGCGUGUUUCUGAAAUGAGAAAUAUCUGUACAGAAGCAGGUUUUAUUUAUCUUGUUAUCUUAUGAGAAAAAAAUAAUUGCCCAACAAGCAGAAAAUGUUUCAUGUAGUUAACUUCCCAUUUAUCCACAUUAUGUUAGUUGCCUUAUCUGGAGAGAAGUGGAAGUCAUUUGUCUUUAUUAUGCGGUAAAAAAGAAGGUGAAGGCAGAACUGGUCAUCGUGCCAAGGGCCCCGUUUGCCUAGGGCAUCCAUGCCAGGAGCAGGUUGUGCAGGUUACAGGAGGUUUGGUUAAAUUGGAAGGGACUACAGAGAAUUCCCAUUCUGCAGACGCUGAGAAGACUUGUCAUUUGUUCCCAGGGAUCCUUGUAAUUAGCUGUAACUCCUGUGGGUCAGUUCCCAAUGUGCAUCCUCCAUGGGAAUGAGGUAUUAAACUUGUUCAGUUGGAAACAACUUGUCGUCUCGCAGAUCCAAAUGCCAACAUGUAUCUUGUCUGCACGUUUGUUAGGUGAAUGCUGGAUUGAUUUUUUAACAGUUUCAGUUCUGGUUUUAAGGAAUCCUGUGUGGGAGGGCAGGUGGGGAGUGAUUUGGUUUGUUUUUGCAAGUGUUUUGUUUCCUCUCUGAUGGGGGCAAAAGAGAAGGAGCAAGCACUGUUGCAGGUCCAUAGAAGCAGGAGCUGGCAGGGCUGAAUAUGGCUCAUUUGGGGUGUGUUUGGUCUCCUGGGAACUGAUGCCUAGCACCUGUAGCUUUUUGGCACUACCUGAGACACCCUUCUCUCUCUGCCUGUGCUGUUGGAGUUGGAACAAUGUUGUGGUGAACAGCAACUCAUGAAUAAAUGAAAUGUAUAUUUUUAAGAAAGAAUAAAUAAUUUUUAAAAGAGUUUAGCAAAAGCAACAUCUUUGGAAAGACUCAAAAUUAUUCUGCACAUCUCCUCCUGCUUUGGAUAGCCUUUAGGUCUGGCUGGAUGCCUGGAUCUGGCCAGGAGAGCAAUCCAGAGAGAAAAAGGUUUGCUCUAUUCCACCAUUGUGUCAUAAGGGAUAAUUUUCUAUUUUUAUAUUGAAGCAUUAAUUACUUCUUAGAGCUCAGGGUCAGCAUUAUACUCAGUUUUAUUUUCAUACCAAAUUUAUGCAGAGUUAUAAAGACAGAGUAUUCUUGGCUGGUAUAAAUAAUCCUGGAGGCUUAAUUUUACUAGAAGUAGCCAGUUAUUUAUUAAAACAUGAUGUUAGUAAAGAUAUUCUGGUUAGAUUCUUUUUCUUUAGAAAAUAAAUCAUGGAACCAUAAAAUUGAAAAAAUUAUACAUUUAUGUGUGGAAAAAAAUGGAUUGUAAAUAGCCAAGUUGUCUUGCGAGGAAUUGGAAAAUGUGCUGAUACUUAGAAACUACCUCAGUUCUGAGGAAUUUCCUUUCUAGCUUUGAGUGCUAUUGCAUUUACUUGGUAGAAGUGAAUCUGAUCUCCAAUAUAUAGCUGAAAGAGUUAUCCCUAUAGACCUUGUUAGAUUGUUUUUAAUAUAGAGGGUUGAACUACAUCCAGCUGUUUUCUUUCAGCAAAGUUUCCUAACAAAGAGAAUUUCUGAAUUAAAUAUUACUGAUGGUUUCCAUGACUUUUCCUGAUUUGUUUGGUUUCAUGACAUUUUCUGAUUGUCCUUUAAUUAUUUAAAUGGUUCUAGCCAUUUGAAUGUUAACCCCAAAAUAAACAAAUCUUAGAUGCACUACCAUUGUAAAUAUAUUGCAGUAAGGUCUGACUGGAUAACCCUUCUGACUGAUACACAGCUGGCAGGCCAGCAGAGUUAAAUGAAGAAAAAAAGAAUAAAAAAAAGAAAACUUCUUCAGAGCUCUGAGAUUGGUGGAACAAAAGCCCUUAUGUUCGGAAUGGCUGCCACGUCCCUUCUUGGCAUAAGUGUUCAUAUGUAAGAAAGUUGCUUGUAAAUUCUCCUGGUGUUGAGCCUUUCUUCUCAGAAAACAAAAAACACUUCUGAAUUUAUAUUUAUCCUUUUACAACUAAUUGCUCACUAAUUAUUGUUCCUUAGUUUGGUACAAGCCACCAAUGCAAAGACCUCCUGUCAGUUUUAAGUGUGUCCAGUUGACUUUGUUAAUAGCACGAGACUUCCAGUAUAUAAAGGACAGAUUUAUCACCUGGGCCUGCAGGAAACAAGAGUAAACAUCAAUGUAGGACAAUCAAAAGUUGUGUUCCUGCUUUUAUUUUGUAUUUGUGUGUGAAGCUGGCUCUCUGACAUGAGCUUGUAAACUAAACCACACGGGUAGGGAUGAGACAUGCUGCUCACUUCGGGGAAGACGUGCUCCCCUCUUUCAGAUGUUUGUUGUUUUGGUUUUUUUUUUCACGUGACCAGUGCCAUUAUGAGCAUGAUUUAAAGAAAAAUUCCCAUAUAUAGAAUUAAUUAUUAAACAUAAUGGAGCUGGUAAGUGUGCUUCAAAUGCAAAAUGAAGCAGAAAGGUGGUGUCCUUGGCAGCAUGGGAGGUGCUCUCUCCCAAAGUGCUGGAAUGAAGAUUCAGCUCUUAAUAGGACCUGUUCUAACAGCUCAGUGCCUGUCCUGAAAUGGCUUCACAGGUGACACGUGGAGGGGGAAAAGGAGAGCAUGUAAUGAGACUGUGAUCAGGGUCUCACGUUUUGUGUUGUGUUGGUGCCCCCCCAAGUCAGGGCAAAUGGCCAGAGCAACAAGAGUAGUCUUUCCACACUCCAGGGCAGGGUCCUGCUCUUCUCCUGGCUGAGCCAACCUGGGUUUGUCCUCACAGGCAAGGUGGCAUAUUAAUUCUGAAGGGUGCAACUUCUCAGCACUUCUUCUGGUCAUUUCUUAGACCAGAUUGUGCUACUGUUUCCAUCACCAUCCCCGAAUUGCUUUGAUAGAUGCCUGGCUGGACCAGGCAAGCCCUCUGGUUUGGUCCUGGCUCCUUCCUCAUUGUAGCAUUUGGUGCUGGGCAUCUCAGAGCAUGGCACAUUAAAAUCCCUUCCAUUAAAAUGGAUGCUUUUACUUAUCAUAUGUCCUGCAGUAGUUGCCAGCCCUGUUUGUCACCUUUUUCACAACAUGCAGCCCACUGUGUGAAUGUGGCAGUGUCCCCCAUCAGUGACAGCAGUAACCAGACCAGUGACAGCUGCUGCUUGUGCCCUUCACUUGCCAGCACAAAACCAUGGCAUUUUCUCUUGUCCCUGGGGAAGCCCAUGCCACUGGCACAUCUUUACAGCCUGGAGUGGCAGACACCCAGGUUUUGCCUGCGCAAACAAGCCUGGAGCAUCCUGGGGACCCUGAGAACCAAGGACUGGGGUGUGUGUGUAAGCUGGUGGGCAUUGCUGCUGCAGGAAAUCGGAGCCUGGAUAAAUCCAUGUGUUUAUUGGAGGAAAACUACUUGUGCUUUUGGUUUUUUUUAAUGCUGAUGGCUUUCUUUUUCCAUGUAAGCUCAACUGGGAUAACUGCAGUGUAUCUGCCAGCUGUAAUAGCCAGGGGACACCUGACUGUAAUGGUUCAUAAGCCAGCAUUGCAGUUUUGGCCAGGCUGGCAGGAGGAUUGCCUGACCUCUGCUGCUUCUCUUCCUCAGAAUGUUCUCUAAGACUGGUGAUAAUUUAAAAAUAAAUAUAAAAAUGUGUAGAAGGGGGUGAAAAUUGAUGCAGAAACACUGCAAUCCUGAUCCCAAAUGGUGAAGUGUGCUGUGCUUCAUGGCAUCUUUCAGAUUGCUGGGAUUUAAUAGUUUAAGAUAUCUGGAAGACACAGGUUGGUUAGAGAUGAUGCAAUGAUGGUUUUAGGACCACCUGAGUGUGAACUAACCCUAGUAAUAGUUUUCAUUUCUUGAUAAUGCUAUUUCGGGAAUCAGGUUUUCUGGGUUUGGUUUGCUUUUCUUGUUGCUUAAUCCUCUGCUGUGGUUUGUUUGAUCACUUGUAGCAGUGUAAAUUGCCUGGGAAGACAGCUCUUUAUGGGCUUGCUGUAAUUCUAGUUUAAGUGUGCUCAAAUUGCUGUAAUUUGUAUCUAAUGGAUUACAUGGAUUGAGAGCCCUUUUAUAACUGUUGGAGCAAGGAGGGGCUGCCUGCCCUGGGAGGAAGGGAAGGUAUCCUGGGCACAGCCAGUCCCUUUGUCCCUCUUCUCUGGGAGAACUGUCUUUUUCAUGAUCCCAGGGGCUGGACACCCUGGCACAGCUGGGGACCCAGCUGGGUGCAGGAGGAGCAGGAGGCUGUGGCAAAGAGGCUUUUGCUAAAACCCAGAAGGUUUGGGGGGAUGCAAGUCCUGAUGUGGUGUUGCCUUCCUCUGCUUACUGUCCCUGUGCUGUUGGGUGGGUAACUGCUGGGGAUGUUUUUCCUCCCUGGACCUGCUCUGCCUUGGCCAAAAGGAGACCCUUUUGCCUUUUAGCCUGCUCACUGCAAUUUGGCCCUGUGGUUCCUUGCUGCCCUGGCUCCUUUUUCCCAAACCUUUGCUCUUUGUGAUGGUUUCUCUUGUGCAUUCCUUGUGUCCCAGGAGGAGCAGGGUGGGAAUGCAUCUCACAUAUGGAUGUUGGUGGUCUCCCUUGCAAGCCAUCUCCACUCAACACCAGCCAGAGAUUGCUGCAACUGCUAAAACAGAAGUUUUGAUUUUAAAAGCAGCUCUACUUGCAUCAGCAAAUCUGCUCCACUUUUUAGUCAUUGACAUGGUUUAGUGGUGGACCUGGAAUUCCUAGGUUAAGGGUUGGACCUAAUAUUCUUAGAGGUCUUGCCCAAUCUUAAUGAGUCUAUGAUUCAUUUCAACAGUCAGGUAAUGUCUGUUUCCCUUACAGUUUCACAGGAGCUGAGUGGGAGCAGCUUCAUCCCUGUCACAAAAUCUGGGGUGCCUGUGCCCCUCAUUCAUGUAUUGCAGCAAUACAAUUCCCCUACAUAGUUGCUCAUCUCCCCAGCAUGUCCUGCCUCACUGUCUCCCUCUACGUGUGUCAUUAAUUUGUGUAAUCCCAUGCAAAUCAAUAUGAUAAACCCCUCAUUAACUGGGUUACUGAUUUAUACUAAUGAGACUUAAAAUCUUGGAGAAGGUUGAGGGUAUUUGUUUCUACUCUGACAAGCUAUUCUCAGCCCCACAAUGGCCAGUCCUUGGCUGGGCUGGUAAUUGCCUCGUGACUGUAUUUGCAUUAACAUAAUGGCAAGGAUGUUAGCAGGAGCUAAGACAUCUUUUCAUCUGAACAGGAAAACCCAGGAUUAGCAAGGUGGAAUGAGUUUGCCAGCAGUUCCUGGCAGCCCUGUUGUGUAGGGUGGCUUCUCUUCACCUAUGACUCGACUCUGUUGGUUGUUUCCAUUAUUAACCUGCUUUUCUUCAGAGCUUAAUAAGCUCAGCCAUAAAAAUCAGGCCUGCCUGAAAACUUGGCAUGGUAGGAAUUGGCCAGACUUUUAUUUUUUCUGGUGGGAAGAACUGAUGAUUAUCUUUAGAAGAAAUUGUUUCAUCUGUGAAGUUUAAUGGGUUGAAAUGCUGUUUUGGCACUCACGAGCCUUCAGACCAGAUUUGUUGAAAACUCCAUUUAGCAUCACCAAUAAUACAGCGUUGCUGAGGAUCCCCAGGGACAGGCAACUGAAACAAUAGCUGGAAUCUUACAUUUUUAAAGCUAAUUGUUGUACAUGUUCAGCCAUUUCCCCCAUGCCACUGCCACACACCGCUUGCUGUCUUGUGCAAGAUGCAGAUCUGAGGACAGUUAGGUCCACAGGACGCAUUUCACUGAUGUUGACAGCAGGUGCAUAUGCAUUUCCAGGGACUCUUUAAUGGAAGCAAGGUCACGGGUACAUAUCCACUGGAUUCCUGCAGCAGAAAGACAAUUAGGAUUUAACCAAGAGUUUUCUUUUUUCUUUUUUUCUUUUUUUUAUGGCUGCCUUCAUUUGUCCUCAUAACAGAGUGUUUGUAUUGUGUGAAAAAUAGGGUUAUUUAAUUCAUGUUUUAUGGAUAAUUAUAAACUGGAAACUGUAAUAUACUGUAUACAUGUAUGAUAGAUGUGUACGUGCUCCACCCGCAUGCCUCACAGAUUCCCGUUGAGCACCUCUCCUGAUUUUCCCGGUCCAGAAAUAGAAGGUGAAAAAUACAAGGCAAAAACGCUGUCAGAAGAGAUUCCUGAGAAGACAAUUAACAUCGCCAACCUACCUACACCCUGACUACUUGCGGCAAGCCAUCCACGCUGCUAUGGCCAUUAAUCACCUCAAAGCAAGGACUGAAUCUGGACAUUAGCACUUGAAUAGGGAGCGAGGGACUCUUUCAGGGCCUAAUGAAAACACUCUUAAUUGCCGGUGCUUAACAGAAACUAUGGGGAGAAUAUUGCCGAAGGGGAAAUAAAGCGUAUUUAAACUGAGUCCCUAAGCGGGCAAAUUCGUGUACCCAGCUAGAGACAGCAGACUGCCAGGCUCUGUGUCUCAGAGGUCACCCUUGGCUAUUUUCCCAGGAAAAACUCUGUCAAGUAGGUAUCACUGUUUGUGGGGGUUUUGUUGCCUAAAAUUCUGUGAUUUGAUUCCUAUCCAAAUUUUGUGAUUUGAAUUUUUAAUAAACCAAAUUAUUGAAUUUGGAAAUAAAUUGUCCUGGCGUUUAUAACAUAUUGGAACUGGUAUGUGCAAUCCUAAAUAUAUCAUUUCCUGUGUGGCAGGACUCUGGAGGCAGCUCUCAAUGAGUCUUCACACCACCUCUCUGAUUUUGGGUGAGCAGCCACUCUGCCUUAUUUGCAGAUGAGGAGCUGGGCACCCUUAUAAAUGGAUAGUGGAGUAAGAGACUAAGUGGCUCUCACUUUAACAGUCUUAAGUGACUUUGUUGUUUGCUCUGAAUUUCCUGUGUACUAACAUUGGCCAUGCUGCAUUCCAGGAGGGUGCUUCAGGUAAAAUGCCUCACAGAAUGAGACAAGGUGAUGACUUCUUAGUGGCUCCAGGUCCUUUCAUGUUUUGGGGCAAGUGGAGACUUUGGCUGGUGUGUCACAACCUUCUUCCUUUGUUUUGCACAUAGAAAAAAAAAUCCAAAUUUGGAGGAAAAACCCAAAAGCGCAAUCACCCUUUAUUCAUUGUUAAAUUCUUUGGAUGGUUGUGCAUUCAAAACCACUUGAGUACUGACCAGGAAUUUGUGCUAUGAAACAGUGGUGGGAUUUUCAGUUUUAAGCAGGAAGAGUUGGGGGUCAGUGUUUAUGUGGGUGAGUGAGGACUCUCAGCAAGCCAGGGGCCAAGAGUUAGUGUUACAAAGAAGCUGUUGUCUUUGACAGAGGGCUUCUGGAGUCUAGCUGUCUAAAAAUAAUUGGCCAAAUAAAUUAGGUGUGCUCCAUGCUAAGUAAUUCUGACAUUUGGCUUCCUAGGGAAAGGGAUAAUGUACAUACAGAGAUACCUCAGCUUGUCCUUUGUCCCUGCGAGGGGGCACCCAUGGAGAAGAUGGGGGCUGUUCUUUGCACAGAUAGUAACAGGCAGGAGAAGCUGUCAGAAGCCUUGUGCUGACCAGAGCGAUGGGGGUGAAUCCCCCAGUGUGAUGGUGGGUGGGCAGAGCUGCCCUGGUUCCUAGUGCAAGAAUGUCCUGCCACUGAGGGCAUGUUUAACUGCAAACUGGUGAUUAAAAAUGGUAAAAUUCCAUUCCAUUAAGGUAUGCUCCAUUGUAUUGGUGCAGACAUGGUACGGGGCUCAUCCAGGAGCUCCCAGAGUUUUGGGACUGGACCGAGAGGUGAUGGUUAGAAAUGAGAGGGAGAUAGGAGUGCCUUGGGCAGCACUUGAGCUGUAUCACUGCCACAUCCUUGUUUCCUGUCCUUUCUUUCACUCUGUUGUUAUUUAAAGUGCAUUAGAUGCAUCUCCUGAUGUUGUAUUAGCUGCUCCUUUCCUGAGAGGGGCUGGCAGUAGCAUCUUUUGGCCCACAUCCCUGUGCUGAUUUUCUCUAUCAAAAGGCAGUGGGGAUUUCAGCUUUUUGACCACCUUUAUAAUCCAGCAUUGCAGAGGUAUUUGCUGGUCACCCUCCCAAUGGACCCAUGCUCACCCCAUAGAGCUUUUCGCAGAGUGUUUUAGUCCUGAUGCAGGGUGGGAGGAGAGCAGAUUUUCUGGAGCCUGAAUGGGAGAGAUGCAGAUGGCAGCCAGCCAGAGGAGCCAGGUUUGAAUGUGGGUUUUGCACUGCAUCCUCCAGGCAUUCACCGGAAUCAGAAAUGAAUUUGAAGCCUCUGGAAGGGAGAAACCUCCCCCAUUACAAUUUUGGCCCCAUUGCAUUGCAGAGGGUGGUUUGCUCCCUUCCUCGGUGUCCUGCCCUUGCUGCUCACAUAUGGAGCAUUAAAGACACAGGAAUCCCAGCUGUGAGGAGCUGCUUAACCCAUAUGAUUGUGAAGUGCGUGGAAAAAGUGAGUAAAACCAUGAUCAAACCUAUAUAUUUACCCUAUCUCAAUUAAUAGAGGAAGCAAUGGAUUCCACCCUGGGUUUUCAAAAGCAUUAAAGGGAGAAAAAAGCCCACCAACACCCAAAACCCCUCCAGCCCACCAGCGAUGGAGGUUGUGUUGGGGCUGCACAUCCCCAGGAGCAUACAGGACCAUGGCUUAGAGCCGAGCACAGGAAUAGUCCUGACUGUGCUGAACCCAGAUUCCUUCUGUGAAAUCACAGAAUCACAGAAUUAAUUGGUUGGAAGAGACCUUCAAGAUCAUCAAUUCCAACCCAUGCCCUAACACCUUGUCCUGGGGUGACAGGACAUUUUCAUGCUUUGUAUCCCAAAUCGUGUGUUUCUGUUCCCAUGUUCUCAGUUUGUUUUGUCUAUAGCUGAGCCCCUCCCCCGGCUGCUUGCUUUUGGCUUGCUUGCUGCUAGCUUUAGGCUGCUUUGCUGGCUUUGCUCUCUUGCUUUCUGCUUUUUUUGCUUGUUUUUUGCCAUUUUUCUGCUUUUGUGUUCCCCCUUCUUUCCUUCCUCCCCUUCCCUGAAGACAUCAGACCUGCUUCGGGCCCUGAUUCGGGAACGUCAAGGGACCCCCCCCCCCCCCCGGAGUCUGCACCUGAAAGAAGCUUUGGCACCCUCCCCAGCAGAGACUGCUCACCCUCUCAUGGACUGGUGAAAACAUUUGUUGUCAUCUCGGACUGUUUUUCUUGUGUUGGGGAGUGGGUUUUUUUUGUUGUUUCUCAAUAAACAAGUUUUUUCCACUUUUCCUCUGAAGAAGUUCCUCCCGAACCCGGUGGUGGGGGAGGGAGUUGUGGGGAUUUUCCCCUAAAUUUGUCCUAAACUAGGACAAACAUUUUUGGUGGCCCGUAAGGGUAGCGAUCAUACAAAGUGGAAAAAACUUUAUUCUAAUAAUAUUUUGGUUUCAGUUGUUUUGUGGGCAUAUUGGUAUGUCUCUUUUUGAAGGUAUAAUGUCAUUUGGAGUGAAAGCCUGCCUCUAUUUCUGGUCAUUAGGGUUCUUUGAAGUUUUAAUACCUUUGUGGUCCCUAGGUUUAUUUUCUUAUCCAGCAAUAGCUCCGGUAUUGUCCCUGAUGCAUAGCUUUUGUAGCCGUGGAGCACUAACCAGAAUAUUUAUCGGGCUGGGCUUGGUUGUGAUGAUUUGCAAGAGGUUUAUAAAAAUGUUGCUAUCGGUUCCAGGAAUGUAUGGUUCAUGGUUGUGGUUGUGUACUCAGUUUGUUAGGGGAGAAGCAGGGGAGGAGGCUUUUCAGCCUUUGCUUUCCUUCUUCUCAUCCGAAUUGUUUACAUCUCUAUUAGAAAAUGUUUGGUCCUCCCUGACUGCCAAGGACACCAUCUUUCUGGCAUUUAAUUUAGUAAGCUUUCUUUAUACUGUCUGCAGUUUAUAUAAGAUGAAGGCUGAGAUUUCUAGAGGGGUUGGUGAGACUCCUGAUUUAGGAGUAAAACCAAGGGUGAAGAAUUCUGAGUGGCGUGGGAAAUGGGAGGAUAUGGGCCAAAUUUUAAAGGAGUUUUCUGAUCCUGUAGUCUGGGACUUUCCAUCUGAACAAAUUCAGAACCCAGCUGAGGUGGUAAAGUAUCUGAAAGAGAGGUGCCAUGGUAACACUAAGGAGGAAAGGAUCAUUGCAGUGAGCUGGGCCCUGGCACAUGCUUAUCGCACCCUGCUAGAUACUGUAGGGCAGCAGAUAGAGGAAAGGGAACAGGGAGAUAAAUUAGUUACUGUCCCAGUCACUCAGGCUGCAGCAAACAUCCCAGGCUCCAGGCCAGUAGUUAAACCAGACAGUAAGCCCCAACCAAUGGCUGUUGCUGCAAAUACAAAAGGUGGAAAGUGCAAAAGCAAGACUGACCGAAGGGUGGAGGAUGAUGAUGAUCCAAGAGAAGGACCAUCACCAACAUCAGAGACCACAGCAAGUGGCACAGAUUCCGGAGCCAAUAUCGAUUCCUUCUCCCUGAAGGACCUUCGAGGCCUAAGGAAGGAUUAUAGGCGACAGCCCGAUGAGUCUAUAAUUAGUUGGCUAGUCCGCCUUUGGGAUGCGGCAGGGGAGGCUACCAUUCUGGAUGGCACUGAAGCGAGGCAUUUAGGAUCCCUGUCACAUGAUCCUGUCAUCGACCAAGGCAUGAUGAGGAGGGCUAGCCCUCACAGCCUCUGGGAACGGGUCCUAGACAGCGUAGCACAAAGAUACCUGUGUGCAGAUGACCUCUAUAUUCAGCAGACACGGUGGAAGACCAUAGAACAGGGGAUCCAACGCCUGAGGGAGAUGGCAGUGGUAGAGAUCAUUUUUUCAGAUGACAUAACAACUAGGAAUCCGGACUUCAUACCGUGCACACCUGUAAUGUGGAGGAAACUUGUGCGCCUUGGGCCACCUGAAUACGCUUCUGCUCUAGCAAUAAUGAAGCGGGAUGAGGUAUAUGAGACUGUGCUCGAUAUGGCAAAGAAGCUUUGGGCAUAUGCAGAUGCUGUACAUGGCCGGACUCAUGCCAGAAUUGCAGCUGUGGAAACACGACUGCAGAAAUUAGAAGAUAAAAUAAAGUCGUAAGAAACUCAGGGAAGAGAUUAAGGAGGACCUCCUCCAAAUCUCAGCUGUACAAAUUAGAGGCCCUAGUAUCCAACGCAGACGUUCCUCUGUUGGGGAGAGAAGGUACACCCCACAAGCUGAGUUGUGGUUCUUACUACGUGAGUCUGGAGAAAACAUGAGGAGAUGGGAUGGGAAGCCUACUGCUGCUCUGGCACAACGGGUGCGUGAAUUGAAGGAAGGUAAGAAAAGGGAAGCAGCUCCAGUUGCCCGUACUCGAACUGUAAGGCAUAAUGAUGAUGAUGCCUUGUCCGAUCCCCUUGAAGGAACCUCCAAGACAUAUGUCUCAGGAAAGAAGGAUAACCAGGCUUAGAGGGGCCCUACCUCUAGCCAGGUAGAGGUAAGGGAAAACUGAGUUUUUUGGACAGUAUGGGUUCUAUGGCCUGGCACAUCAGAGCCACAGAAAUAUAAAGCUUUGGUUGAUACCGGUUCUCAGUGUACCCUAAUGCCAUCAGAACAUGAGGGAACAGAACCUAUUUCCAUUGCUGGUGUGACAGGGGGAUCACAAGAAUUGACCCUGUUGGAAGCCGAGGUGAGCCUGAGUGGGAAGGAGUGGCAGAAACAUCCAAUUGUGACUGGCCCAGAGUCUCCGAGUAUUCUGGGCAUAGACUAUCUCAGGAAUGGCUAUUACAAAGACCCUAAGGGGUUCAGAUGGGCUUUUGGAAUAGCUGCCGUGGAGGCAGAGGGCAUUAAGAAAUUGAACACCUUGCCUGGACUGUCAGAGAACCCAUUUGCAGUAGGACUCCUGAAGGCAGAAGAGCAACGAGUACCUGUUGCCACCUCAACAGUGCAUCGCCGGCAGUAUCGAACGAAUCGAGAUGCUGUGAUCCCCAUUCACAAGAUGAUCCGAGAGUUAGAGAGCCAAGGGGUGGUUAGUAAAACCCACUCACCCUUCAACAGUCCCAUCUGGCCUGUGCAUAAAUCUGAAGGAGAAUGGAUAUUGACCGUGGAUUACCGUGCUUUGAAUGAAGUGACUCCACCACUGAGCACCGCUGUGCCGGACAUGCUGGAACUCCAGUACGAGCUGGAGUCCAAGGCAGCGAAGUGGUAUGCCACAAUCGACAUCGCUAAUGCAUUUUUCUCCAUUCCUCUGGCUGCAGAAUGCAGGCCCCAGUUUGCUUUCACCUGGAGGGGCGUGCAGUACACCUGGAACCGACUGCCCCAGGGGUGGAAGCACAGUCCUCCCAUCUGUCAUGGACUGAUCCAGACUACGCUAGAAAAGGGCUCCAGAACAUUUACAAUACAUUGAUGAUAUCAUUGUGUGGGGAAACACAGCAGCAGAAGUGUUUGAGAAAGGAGAGAAAAUCAUCCAAAUUCUCCUGGAAGCUGGCUUUGCCUUUAAGAAAAGUAAAGUUAAGGGACCUGCUCGGGAGAUCCAGUUCCUGGGAGUGAAGUGGCAAGAUGGACGGCGCCAGAUUCCUACUGAUGUCAUCAACAAAAUCACAGCUAUGUCCCCACCAACCAACAAGAAGGAAACACAAGCUUUCUUAGCUGCUAUAGGUUUCUGGAGGAUGCACAUUCCUGAAUAUAGUCAGAUUGUGAGCCCUCUUUAUUUGGUUACCCGUAAGAAGAAUGAUUUCUAUUGGGGCCCUGAAAAGCAGCAAGCCUUUGCCCAGAUCAAGCAGGAGAUCGCUCAUGCGGUAGCCCUUGGCCCAGUCAGGACAGGACCAGAGGUGAAGAAUGUGCUCUACUCUGCAGCCAGGAACCAUGGCCUUUCCUGGAGCCUUUGGCAGAAGGUGCCUGGUGAGACCCGAGGCCGACCACUGGGAUUCUGGAGUCGGAGCUACAGAGGGUCUGAAGCCAACUACACCCCAACAGAGAAAGAAAUCCUGGCUGCGUAUGAAGGAGUCCAAGCUGCUUCAGAGGUGACUGGUACCGAGGUACAACUCUUCCUGGCACCUCGACUACCCGUGCUGGGGUGGAUGUUUAGAGGAAAGGUUCCCUCCACCCACCAUGCCACCAAUGCUACAUGGAGCAAGUGGAUUGCCCUCAUUACACAGCGGGCCCAAAUUGGGAAACUAAAUCGUCCUGGGAUUUUGGAGGUAAUUACAAAUUGGCCUGAGGGUGAAAGCUUCAGUCUCACUGGUGAAGAGGGAGAAGAGCAAGUGACCCGUGCUGAAGAAGCUCCACCAUAUAACCAACUGCCGGCAGAAGACACACGCUACGCUCUUUUUACUGAUGGUUCCUGUCGCCUUGUGGGGAUGAACCGGAAGUGGAAAGCAGCCGUAUGGAGCCCCACACGACAAGUUGCACAAGCUAUUGAAGGAGAAGGUGGAUCGAGUCAACUCGUGGAGCUCAAAGCCGUUCAGUUGGCCCUGGACAUUGCUGAAGCAGAGAAGUGGCCAAAACUUUACCUUUAUACUGAUUCCUGGAUGGUAGCCAAUGCUCUGUGGGGAUGGCUGAAGAGAUGGAAGGAGGCGAACUGGCAGCGCAGAGGAAAACCAAUUUGGGCUGCUGAAGAAUGGAAAGACAUCGCUACCCGGUUAGAGAAACUACCUGUGAAGGUUCGCCAUGUAGAUGCCCAUGUCCCUAGAAGCAGAGCCAAUGAGGAGCAGCAGAACAAUCAGCAGGUAGAUCAGGCUGCAAAGAUAGGGGAGUUGAAGAUAGAUCUUGACUGGGAGCACAAAGGAGAGCUGUUCCUAGCACGAUGGGCCCAUGAUGCCUCAGGCCACCAGGGUAGAGAUGCCACCUAGAAGUGGGCACGAGACCGAGGGGUGGAUCUAACCAUGGACAGCAUUUCUCAGGUUAUUCAUGACUGUGAGACAUGUGCUGCCAUUAAACAGGCUAAGCGGGUGAAGCCCCUCUGGUAUGGGGGGCGGUGGUCCAAGUACAAGUAUGGGGAGGCUUGGCAGAUUGAUUACAUCACACUGCCUCAAACUCACCAAGGCAAGCGCCAUGUACUAACCAUGGUAGAAGCCAGUAUGGGAUGGUUGGAAACCUACCCCGUGUCUCAUGCUACAGCCCGCAACACCAUCCUGGGCCUUGAAAAGCAGGUCCUUUGGAGGCAUGGUACUCCUGAGAGGAUUGAGUCAGACAAUGGGACUCAUUUUAAAAAUAAUCUUAUUAACACCUGGGCUAGGGAACAUGGCAUCGAGUGGGUGUACCACAUCCCCUACCAUGCACCAGCUGCAGGCAAAGUGGAGAGGUACAAUGGAUUGUUAAAAACCACUUUGAAAGCACUGGGUGGGGGGUCUUUCAAGAACUGGGAGCAGCAUUUAGCAAGAGCCACCUGGUUAGUUAACACUCAAGGUUCCACCAACCGAGCAGGUCCUGCCCAGUCUGAGCCCCUUAAUAUAGUAGAUGGAGAUAAAGUCCCAGUGGCCCAUGUCAGAGGUUUGUUGGGGAAGACAGUAUGGAUUAAUCCUGCCUUGAGUACAGGCAAACCCAUUCAUGGGAUUGUCUUUGCUCAAGGACCAGGUUAUACCUGGUGGAUAAUGCAGAAAGAUGGGACAACCCGUUGUGUACCUCAGGGAGAUCUGAUUGUGGCAUGAUAUCGUUUGCUGAGCGUUACCACCAUUAUCUGUACGUUAGAUCAUACAGAUAUGAGACAGAAGGAAACGUGAAAGUGUCAAAGGUCUGAGCAAGUAAGAUGGAAGGAAAUGUGUAAGUGUGGAAGGUUUGAGCAAGUGAGAAGAAAGUUUUUUCAUUGUGUUCAGUAACAUGUUCACGAUAUGGGAUAAGGGGUGGAAUGUCCUGGGGUGACAGGACAUUUUCAUGUUUUGUAUCCCAAAUCGUGUGUUUCUGUUCCCAUGUUCCCAGUUUGUUUUGUCUAUAGCUGAGCCCCUCCCCCGGCUGCUUGCUUUUGGCUUGCUUGCUGCUAGCUUUAGGCUACUUUGCUGGCUUUGCUCUCUUGCUUUCUGCUUUUUUUGCUUGUUUUUUGCCAUUUUUCUGCUUUUGUGUUCCCCCUUCUUUCUUUCCUCCCCUUCCCUGAAGACAUCGGACCUGCUUCGGGCCCUGAUUCGGGAACGUCAAGUGUUAUAAACGCCAGGACAAAUUUAUUGCCAAAUUCAAUAGUUUGGUUUAUUAAUAUCCAAAUCACAAAAUUUAGAAUCAAAUUAUAACAAUUUCAAACAAUAAAAACAAAACAAUACGAACCCCACGAACAGCAAACUUACUUGACCGAAGUUCUCCCGGGAAAAGCAGAGUCAAGGGUGACCCCAGGGACACAGGACCUGGCAGCCAGUGCCUCUAGCUGGGUUCACAAACUUGCCCACCUAAAGACCCAACUUAAAUACACUUAGUUUCCCCCUCGGCAACUUUCCUCCCAUUGUUUCUCUAAUCAUCGACCAUUAACUUUAUUUACAUUAAAUCCCGAAAGGGUCCCUGGGCACAUUCAAAUGCUAAUGUCCAGAGUUAGUCCUUGCUUUGAAUAACUGCCGUAGAGGUGUGUGAUGACCGGUGUAGCGUUUGACCGUUGCGAGUCCCGAUGAGCUGAGCUGCACGUAGGCAGGAGCAAGUCGUUCUCACCUUCCAUUUUUGGAACCCGGAAGAUCAGGGAGGUGCUUUCCAGAAGUUCGUGAAACGUGCGGGUUGAGCAGACACAUACAUAUCUUUAUAUAAUAUAUAUCACAGUUCCCAAUCUAUAAUUAUUUAUAAAACAUGAAUUAAAUAACCAUAUUUCCCACAUCAAGGGACCCCCCCCCCCCCAGAGUCUGCACCUGAAAGAAGCUUUGGCACCCUCCCCAGCAGAGACUGCUCACCCUCUCUUGGACUGGUGAAAACACUUGUUGUCAUCUCGGACUGUUUUUCUUGUGUUGGGGAGUGGGUUUUUUUUGUUGUUUCUCAAUAAACAAGUUUUUUCCACUUUUCCUCUGAGGAAGUUCCUCCUGAACCCGGUGGUGGGGGAGGGAGUUGUGGGGAUUUUCCCCUAAAUUUGUCCUAAACUAGGACACACCUCAACUAAACCAUUGCACCAAGUGCCACAUCCAGUCUUUUUUUAAACGCAUCCAGGGAUAGCGACUCCACCACCUCCCCAGGCAGGCUAUUCCAGUACUUUAUUACUCUUGCUGUGAAAAAAUUCUUCCUAAUAACUGUUAUAAAUGCCAAUACGAUACUCCAAUUAAAAUAAUAAUUUGGUUUAUUAAUAAAAAUCAAAUCACAGAAUUUCAAAAACCCACCAACAGCGGAGAUACUUGACAUAGUUUUCCCGGGAAAGUGCCAAGGGUGAACCGUGAGAUACAGGGUCUGGCAGCCUGCUAUCUCCCCCAACAGUUCACAAAUUCGCCGGGUUCGGGGCUUGGUUUUUAUACACUUUAUUCUGCCCUCGGCAAUAUUUCCCCAUAUUUCCCAUUGUUUCCCGACUAGCUAUACAAAUUCAGGAGUUUCCCCGACCAGGCUGAAAAAGAGUUCUUUUCUCAGUUCAUAUGUUAAUAUCCAAUUUCUAUAGAUCCUUAUCGUUGAUGAAUGAUCGAGAUAUGGGUGAUGACUGGAGAGGGAGUAGUCAGGAACCGUUGAUGUUUCUGCCACCUUAUCUCGAUGGGUCUCCUGCUGGUGCUCGAGGUGGCUGUCCGUUUCCCGUAAGCCUAUUGUCUCUUUUCUGAAUGGAGGCGCCUGCUUGUUCAGGGUUGUUAGUUUCACCAUCUGCUGCAAGGUCUCCUAAAACAUAGACUUUUACCCAAUGCAAUUUUAUACAGUUUUAUAAUUUUCUAAUUUACCAUAAGAACAUGAAUUAAUCAUUUCACGUUUUUCACAAUUCCCCUGUUUCUCUUCUUUUAUUAACUAUUUAAUUCAUGUUCGCAUACUUAGCAUAUUUUCUCAUUCCCCUUUUAGAAGGAAGUCCACCGUCUCUGAUUGCAUAUUUACCCAACUUUCAAUUUUAGACUAAAUUUCAAUUCUUUUGUUUUCCCGGGUGCUAUUUCUCACAAAUUCCAUCAUUAUCUUUAGCUUUUUCAAUUCUAUCUAUAUAUUAAUUAGAAAUUCGUGGGUCUUUAUCCCUGUUUCCAUUAUAUGGAUUGGACUGCGUGAGGUUAAACCCCCCUCAGAGGUCCCUUUCAGUGGGAUUUCUGAGGAUGAAGAGAGCAUUUGUGACUAAUGAUCUUUAGGUAGGGUCUGUCGGUUGAAAUCCUUUUUGAAUUUCAUCCCCUGGUCCAAAUUUCCCUUUUGAGGGUGCUCCAAUUGGACUGAAUUUUAGCUUCAGGUCUGUCUAGGUUGGGAAACCUCGGGCUAAGUUCAGUUUCAUUAUGUUAGCUCUCUGUCGGGCUCAGUUAGGCUUAUGACUAUUAGAGUGAUCUACAAACCAAUUCCUCUGUUUAUGCCAGCGCCCAUUGGGUUGCAUCCAAUGGCGAGGUGUUUGUUUUUUCUCAAACAGCAGGUAAAGGUUGCUCCGAUCUUCUUUCUGGUUUCUGCCUCAUAUCUACUAGGUGGUUUCCUUAUAUCUAACUUAUAUUUUCCUUGACGCAGCUUGAGACUGUGUCCUGUCAUUCUGUCAGUUGCUGCCUGGAGAAAGAGACCGACCCCCACCUGACAACAACCACCUUUCAGGAAGUUGUAGAGAGCGAUUAGGUCACCUCUGAGUCUCCUUUUCUCCAGGCUGAACAACCCCAGCUCCCUCAGCUCUUCCUCAUAAGGCUUGUGUUCCAAGCCCCUCACCAGCUUCGUUACCCUCCUCUGGAUGCACUCAAGUGCCUCAAUGUCCUUCUUAAACUGAGGAGCUCAGAACUGGACACAGUACUCAAGAUGUGGUCUCACCACUGCUGUGUACAAGGGAAGAAUGACCUCUCUGCUCCUGCUGGCCACACUGUUCCUGAUACAGGCCAGGAGGCCAUUGGCCUUCUUGGCCACCAGGGCACACUGCUGGCUCACGUUCAGCUGGCUGUUGACCAGUACCCCCAGGUCCUUCUCUGCCUGGGCACCUUCCAGCCACACUGUCCCCAGCCUAUAGCGCUGGAGGGGGUUUUUGUGGCCAAAAUGCAGGACUCAGCACUUGGACUUAUUAAACUUCAUCCCACUGGACUCUGCCCAUCUGUUGGUGGAGGGUUAAAAAAUAUAAUUUCUAGAUUGAGUAAUGUAUAGGGGGAGGAAAGUAGAGAACGUACAACUGGAACUUACGCAGCUAGCUGGGAACAAGCGUCAGUUUCUGUAAACAGCUCCAUGCUAUUGUUUUAACCAAAUCAAGUGUGGAUCAGGGUAGAAGCGUAGGUAUGAUUUAAGAUAGUAACUAAGGAAUAGGAUAAUCAGUAUCUAGGGGUGGGGGUUAGUUAACAUGUGUAUAAUUUAAACUAUAAAAAUCACGAAUCGACUCUGUAUGCUUUGGACAUCAGAUUUGGGUGUAUUAUCACCCCGGUGUCCCGCGCGCUGGAAUAAAGAACCGCAUAUGAUCGCCUCUGUGUGGUUAUAUGUUUUCCUACGCUAACAUUUUUGGCGACCCAGAUGGGACCUUGUGGGCGCAGCCAGGACCCCGCGACCCGAUCACGCUCCAGCCGGCACCGGGUGAUUUCUCGGGGAGCCCAUCGGAGCCGCGACCCUCGCCGCUCACAACGACCCCUGGUGAGAGCUCGGCUCCGAAGUGUUCUCGUGUGGAACAGACCACUGGCCCUGGAGAAUCCAGUCCACAAUAUCGAACCAGGAGAUGAGUUUACAGAAUCCUGAAGAGAGAGAUACAGAAAAAGGCAUCUUGGAACAGGACCAUAAUGAAGGCAUUGGCACGGAACCCAGCACCUUCAAUCCGCAACAACAUCCCGGACAAAGCCUAUGACAACAGAGGAUUUGAAGAUGAACAUCCAGUAUGAACUCUGAAGCCUAAUGGACUGUAUUAAGUGAAAGCAUUUACACUUAGUAUAUUAGAGUGAAAAUACUUUCAAAGGGGGGAAUGUUGGUGGAGGGUUAAAAAAUAUAAUUUCUAGAUUGAGUAAUGUAUAGGGGGAGGAAAGUAGAGAACGUACAACUGGAACUUACGCAGCUAGCUGGGAACAAGCGUCAGUUUCUGUAAACAGCUCCAUGCUAUUGUUUUAACCAAAUCAAGUGUGGAUCAGGGUAGAAGCGUAGGUAUGAUUUAAGAUAGUAACUAAGGAAUAGGAUAAUCAGUAUCUAGGGGUGGGGGUUAGUUAACAUGUGUAUAAUUUAAACUAUAAAAAUCACGAAUCGACUCUGUAUGCUUUGGACAUCAGAUUUGGGUGUAUUAUCACCCCGGUGUCCCGCGCGCUGGAAUAAAGAACCGCAUAUGAUCGCC